ACAAUACUUCUACUGCUGUCCAUCAAAAGAUCAAUAUCCAAAUGUGAAAUGUCGACUCCGAUACUCAUCAUGUAUCAUAUUCCUAUCACACGGCAAUCCGAGCCGAGGCAAUGGUGGGCACCGGAACACAUUCAAGGUAGAUGACAAGAUGAAAGCUUGAAAGAGAUCCAUUUUGAUAAUGAUCUUUCGUGAAUCGAUCAUGAUACAAAACAACUGAAGACCUUGCCAACAUGUAUCGCUCCAUCAUUCGGGUCCAACGAGUCAGUCCUUUGGCUUCUCGUCGCUGUUACAGUAGUGGACCUAAGAUAAGUCACGAUCCCACUUUAUCGACAAAAGAUGAAGACAGCAACACGCGGACAAAGGGUUUAGAUAUUCAACAUACUACUCCGAGCUCGCCUGGAGUUCAAGACAAUGCAUACUCUUCAUAUAAACGUUCCAAUGGCCAGUUUGUUUUCGAUGCCUCCCAUGGCCCACCUGUACCCUUGCGAAAGAAAACUCGGCCUCCAGCCUUCAUACGGCCUCUUCUCAAUAUUGAACUUUCUGCACAGGAAAAGGCAAACCAAGAGUUGAUAAACUCGGCCGCUGAUCUUGGAGAAGAGAUUGUUCAUCCAAAAUUAGGAAAAGGUUAUCGAGAGAAUCUUCGUUUGCUCGAUAAUGGAGCAUUCAUGCCAAUCAAUUUUGCUGAAGGUCCGGAUUCGGUUCCGCGUCGAUGGCUAAGAGACAAUUGUCGUUGUGCAAAGUGUAGACGCCCUGAUACCAUGCAGCGAGAAGUAAACAUUUUCUCGUCUGACCUCAAAGUCCUCCCGGAUUCUAUCAACAAAGCCAAGAAAGAGGGCCUUGAAGUGACAUGGCUGGAUAGCGCGGAUAAUGACGUUAAGUCAGAUCAUGUUACUGUUUACCCAUGGGACUGGCUCCACAAACAUCAAGUUUACCGCGAUGCGGAGAAAUUCCAGGCUCCUAAAGCUUCAAUUGUUGGUGCGACUCACGGAGGAGAUAAUUCAGCGGAAGCAGAAGUGCCAAUGCCUGAUCCAGACAGCCAUGAAGUCGUUCUCUGGGAUUCGCUUAUCGGGAAAAAUCCACCUACUGUCAACUAUGAAGAAGUCAUGGCAAGUGAAACUGGCGUAGGAAAGUGGACACGCAUGAUUCACAACUAUGGCUUCUGUUUCGUAGACGGGGUUCCAGUAUCCCCUGAAAAGACUCAGAAGCUUCUGGAAUGCAUUGCCUUUAUUCGGCCAACACAUUAUGGUGGAUUCUACGACUUCACAUCCGAUCUAACAAUGAAAGACACCGCAUACACCAGUGAAGCCAUUGGUCCUCAUACCGAUACAACUUACUUCACUGAUCCUGCCGGCCUUCAGAUGUUCCAUCUCCUUUCUCAUGCCGAAGGUACUGGCGGUGAAUCUCUCCUCGUAGACGGCUUCUGGGCCGCUCGCUUACUUCGCACUCGCCACAAAGAUGCUUUAUCUAAGAUAGCAGUCCCCUGGCAUGCUAGUGGUAACGAUGGUAUCAAUAUCACUCCAAAUAGACCAUACCCUGUCCUUACUAUGAAUACAAAUCGUGCUGCAACGCAAAUUAGAUGGAAUGAGGCAGAUAGAGGUACGAUUCAUCCUGGAUACUCCCAGGAGUGGUACGAAGCGGCAAAAGCAUAUAAUGAUCGGGUUAAUGACCCGAAGCUACAGUAUUGGUCCCAGCUUGUACCUGGGCGGGCCUUGAUUUUCGAUAAUUGGAGAGUUCUUCAUGGAAGAUCGGAAUUUACGGGUAAAAGACGUAUAUGUGGUGGAUACAUUAAUCGUGAUGAUUAUGUUUCGAGAUAUUUGAACACGAAUUUCACCCGCGAACAGAUCUUGGAGAAGAUACUAUGAUUGUGGGUGCUAUAGCUUCCUUCAUCUAUUCUUGUUUUGGGAAAGAAUGAGGGGGUAGCAACCGAUUAAAUAGAUGAUGCCGUAGCUCCUCGAUGCAUGUGGCAAACUACUAUCGGAUAGUUUAUCAAAGCCGAGAUUGGGUAUUCUGGGUAGAUCAUAGAGAAUGGAGAUGCGCAAGAAUUCGUAAGAAUCAAUAAGUAUUCGAUGAAUCCACUUACAGUCUACGAUGACUUUUCACUUGAAGCAUUUACUGCUGAAGGGGUUCACUCAGGUUGGGGAUAUUGAGUGUCAGUGUACGGUUCUUUUUCGCGACC